GCCAGGAAAGCUGCUCUGAAGGCUCUCUAGGUGUCCCAGGCGCAUGAGAUACUAUUAGCAACUUCUUAGUAGCUGAUCAGAUGUUAGAGCAAGGACAUUGAGAUCUUUCAUUCUCAGAAAUAAUCUGCUCUACCGUAAGUUAUAUCGUGGAGGCUAAGCGAUAAAACUUUAGUUUCAUCAUGACAGCCAAAACCUUAGAGAAAAUUCCGGUGAGCCUCGGUGGGUUCGUGCACCCGGUGUCUGAAGGCAUCUACUCGGUGGAUGAUAUUGCCACAGGCCUGCCUGCAUCCGUUGCAAUCUUUCCUAACGGUGAUUUGGGAGGUCAUUACGACCAACUUAGCGGAGCCUCAGAUGGUUUAAUGAAUGGAGAUAUGAGUUCAGAGAAACGGUCCCUUGAUCUGUCGUAUUCCAGUGGCUUCUCUCAACCGGCUGCGCACCGCAACCAGACAUUCACUUACAUGGGAAAGUUCUCCAUCGACUCUCCGUACACUGGAAAUUGGAAUCCGGAGAGCGUUAUAAAUAUCGUCAGCGCUGGCAUCUUUGGCAUGACCCAGCCCCAGCCAUCCUCAGCAUCCUCCUCGCCGGCCUCUUCCGUCUCCCCAAACCACUUCUCCAGCACCCUGAGCUGCACUAUGGCGCAGAACCAGGCGGACAUGGAACAUCACAUCUACUCUCCCCCGCCCCCUUACUCGGGAUGUGGGGAGGUCUACCAAGACCCAUCCGCCUUCCUGUCCACCUCCACCUGCCCCAUCUCCUACCCACCCCCAUCCUAUUCCUCGCCUAAACCAACGACAGACUCUGGGAUGUUUCCGAUCAUCUCCGACUACUCCGGCUACUUUCAACCCACUUGUCAAAGAGACAUGCAGGGCAUCCCUGACCGCAAACCAUUCCCAUGCCCCCUCGACUCGUUCAGAGUACCUCCGCCCCUGACACCUCUGAACACUAUUAGGAACUUCACCCUCGGUGGACCGGCUACUGAUGGGCCUAGGCUGCCCACGGCUUACAGUCCUCAGAACCUGCCCCUUAGGCCAAUACUGCGACCCAGAAAAUACCCCAACCGACCGAGCAAAACCCCGGUACAUGAACGCCCCUAUCCAUGCCCGGCGGAGGGCUGCGAUAGGCGUUUCUCCCGCUCUGACGAACUGACCAGACAUAUCCGCAUCCACACUGGACACAAACCUUUCCAGUGUAGGAUAUGCAUGAGGAACUUCAGCCGUAGUGAUCAUCUGACCACCCACAUUCGCACGCACACAGGCGAGAAGCCAUUUGCCUGUGAUUUCUGUGGCCGCAAAUUUGCAAGGAGCGACGAGCGUAAGAGGCACACUAAAAUUCACCUCAGGCAGAAGGAGAGAAAGUCAUCAUCCGUUUCUUCAAAUAGCACGAACUCUGAGCGGUCCGGCAGCACAACGACUGGAGUUUGCUCUUAGACUCGUCACCAUUGGUCUCUCUCUAACCAAUACAACCCGUAAUCCUUCUAAAAUAGUUCAAUUUAUGAGACUACGGUAAAAAUGAGUCCAAGCUGCAAAAUUAUUGUACGGGACAAUGUUUCGCGGCCAUAGCCUCAUUUAAUGGAAAUGAAUUCCUUACAUUUCAAACCGUGCGUAAUUGCGCACGAACCCAUGUGCUCUGAUCAUUCUCAUGAUCUACUAAAUUGGAUUGCGAUUGAAUGAUACGGCUUUGUUUGCAUAGUCUACCGAAGUCAUUAAAGUAGCCAUUCAUUUUAAGAAAAGAGGGAAGUACAUAUGUUAAAGAGUGUCUACUGAUGCGCCGCGCCAAAUACGCCAAGAAAAAGUUAUAUGUUGGCAAUAAAUUUGGAGUAAUAAUGUUUUAACUUAUUUAUUUGACGGUUCAUUCUAACAUGCUUGUUUAUUGUAUCCUCCUUUUUGUGCCUUGUUUUACAUGUCUUUUGGGUAUUGACAGGGAUACAAAUACGCUUUAAUUGAACUGUACAUUUGUCAUUUAAAAUGAAAGUUUGAAUAUAUAUAAAUAUAUAUUUUUGUACACUUUGCGUGGUGUAACUCGAACAUGUUGCAGCUGUGGUUUACGUCUAAACAAAUGCAGAAUGUAAAUAAUAGAAACUCAUACCAACUUGACAUUGACGUUUGUUUUGUGAAUGUUUUGAGACUCAUAUUAAAUGUUAAUGACGGAACUCUUAAUAUAAAUGUUCAGGUUAUUACGUGUCGAAUAAAGAAACAAAUAAAACAA